UACAGACCUUUCAUUAUUCCAGAAAAUUUUGUGUACGAUGCACAUGCAAUAGUCCAACUGUAUUUUUUUAUGUUUUUUUAUGACGAAUUAACGGAAGGCAAAUUUUAACUAACUAGAUUUUAGGCUCAAAAUUAUCGUGAAACAACCAAAAUGAGGGAAAUCGUCCACAUCCAGGCCGGGCAAUGCGGAAACCAGAUCGGAGCCAAGUUCUGGGAGGUGAUCUCCGACGAGCACGGCAUCGACCCCACCGGCGCGUACCAGGGAGACUCCGAUCUGCAACUAGAACGCAUCAACGUCUACUACAAUGAGGCUUCUGGCGGCAAGUACGUGCCCCGAGCCGUCCUCGUGGACCUGGAGCCCGGCACCAUGGACUCCGUGCGCUCCGGACCUUUCGGCCAGAUCUUCCGGCCAGACAACUUCGUCUUCGGCCAGUCUGGAGCCGGCAACAACUGGGCCAAAGGACACUACACCGAAGGAGCAGAAUUAGUGGACUCUGUACUAGACGUGGUCAGGAAAGAAGCCGAAGGUUGCGACUGUCUGCAAGGAUUCCAAUUGACACACUCCCUAGGCGGCGGCACUGGAUCAGGAAUGGGGACGCUACUAAUAUCAAAGAUCAGGGAAGAGUAUCCCGACCGCAUCAUGAACACCUUCUCUGUAGUCCCCAGCCCGAAAGUCUCCGACACAGUCGUGGAGCCGUACAACGCCACGCUAUCAGUGCAUCAACUUGUUGAGAACACAGACGAAACGUACUGCAUAGACAACGAGGCUCUAUACGACAUCUGCUUCCGAACGUUGAAGCUGACGACGCCGACCUACGGAGACUUGAAUCACUUGGUAUCAGCAACCAUGUCCGGGGUCACAACUUGUCUGCGGUUCCCCGGGCAGUUGAACGCGGAUUUGAGGAAGCUGGCGGUGAAUAUGGUGCCGUUCCCGCGACUGCACUUCUUCAUGCCUGGAUUCGCGCCGUUGACAUCGCGAGGCAGUCAGCAGUACCGAGCAUUGUCAGUGCCGGAGCUGACUCAGCAGAUGUUCGACGCGAAGAACAUGAUGGCGGCGUGUGACCCUCGCCACGGGCGGUAUUUGACGGUCGCCGCCGUCUUCCGCGGACGCAUGUCCAUGAAGGAGGUGGACGAACAAAUGCUCAACAUCCAAAACAAGAACAGCAGUUAUUUCGUUGAAUGGAUUCCGAAUAACGUCAAGACUGCCGUAUGUGAUAUUCCUCCUAGAGGGCUGAAGAUGUCCGCUACCUUUAUUGGUAACACGACGGCAAUUCAGGAGCUGUUUAAGAGGAUAUCUGAGCAGUUUACGGCCAUGUUCAGGCGGAAAGCGUUCCUUCACUGGUACACUGGUGAGGGUAUGGAUGAGAUGGAGUUUACGGAGGCCGAGAGCAACAUGAACGACCUGGUGUCAGAAUACCAGCAGUACCAGGACGCUACCGCCGACGACGAAGGGGAGUUCGACGAGGAGGUCGAGGAAGAGUGACGUCAAUGUUUGUCCUGUCCAGUGUAAUUAAUAUUGUCAUUGUUAAGUGUAACUGUUUUUGAUGUUUUUGUGGCUAUUUAAAAGCGUCAACAAUAAAAAACGCUUAUACAUA